AUGCGAUGCAACGUCAGGACGACAUUUACCUCGCACACAGAAUGUACAGCUUGUGCAGCAGCUCCCCGAGCGUUUUGUCCGAGAGGCUGGCUAAAGGCCACGCAGGGAUUAGGUGUGAGGAACUGCAGAUACACUGUCAAGUUAGGAGAAAACACGCUUUCCCUGCCGGGGUGCCAUCACAUCUGCAAGAAGGAAAUUGAGGAGAAAAAGUGCUGCCCAGGAUUCUGGGGUACAGAGUGCUAUGAGUGCCCAGGUGGCUCUGAAAAUCCCUGCAAUGGCCAUGGGAUGUGCUUGGAUGGUAUAGAGCGAAAUGGGACCUGCGUCUGCAAGGAACAGUACAGUGGUUUUGCCUGCCAGAAUUGUCGAGAUGAAAAUCGUUUUGGCCCAGACUGUCAGUCAGUAUGUGACUGUGUGCAUGGGGAGUGUAACAGCGGUGUCACUGGAAAUGGAAGCUGCACAUGCUAUGGAGGCUACACUGGGCCCAGAUGUGACCAAGAACUUCCCCUCUGCAAAAGCGUGAUGUGUGAGGCUGGCAGCCAGUGUGUGGUGAAGGACAAGGCAGCGACGUGUGACUGCAAGCCGGGCUACAGAAGAAGUGGGACCACUUGCCAAGCUGAGGAUCCCUGUGCUUCUUCACCGUGUUCCCCCUCAGCUGUGUGUAAGGUUCUUAGGCCGGGAAAGUAUGAAUGUACCUGCAAAGCAGGGUUUCAAGGAGAUGGGAAGAUAUGCCAGCCCAUAAACCCCUGUGUUGACAACAACGGAGGCUGCCCAGAAAACUCCACAUUCUGCCUUUACAAACGCCCAGGAGAGGCAUCUUGUGUUUGCAAGCCCGGUAUGAGCAGGAAAACUCCCUCCUCGAGCUGUUCUCCGUUCCCCAAUGACUGCCGGCAGUACUUCUGCGACGUGACUUCCACCUGUGCAAUAAAUUCCCAUGGGAAUCCUAGCUGUGUCUGUAAGGAAGGGGAGAUUGGAGAUGGAAGAAGUUGCUAUAAAGACCUCAUGAGUGAAAUAAAUCAACAGAAUUCACGUGGAAGAUUUUUCAGGAAAUUAAAUGUCGCCAAGAAGAUGUUUGCUUCUGGUUGUUCGGUGCCACUGACAAAAUAUGGUCCUUUCACAGUCUUUGUACCAUCCCUUCUUCCAAUUUAUGAUAAAAUGGAGUUUAAUGACAGCAUUGCAGAGCAGUUAUGCAGAAUACACAUUGUUCCUGGCAUCCAUUUGGUAGAAGACCUGGUAAAAACCAAGACUCUGUGGACCUUGUCCGGACACCAGCUGGCAUUCAAUAGCCAGAUAUACAGCAAAUCAUUUCGAUAUCAAGACCUGCCAGGGGAACUGUACAACAUCUUGCAGUCGAACAUACCAGCAGCCAAUGGCAUUAUACAUAUCAUUAACACUGUAAGGAAAAAGCCCAACGUUGACAACCCUGGAAACCCCCAGAAAACCAUUGGUGAGAUCCUUGCUUCAAUGGAGAUCUUCAGUCGAUUUGAAACUAUACUGGAGAACUGUGGCCUACCCGCAAUCCUGGAUGGACCAGGCCCUUUUACUGUAUUUGUACCCAGCAAUGACGGUGUGGAUAAGCUGAGAGAUGGAAGACUCAUUUAUUUGUUCACAGAGGGCAUAAAUAAACUUCAGGAACUUGUGAAGCAUCAUAUCUACACGUCAGCAGCGGUGACUGUAGAGAAGCUGCUAAUGAUGCCACACAUUGUUACUAUGGCUAACCAGGUACUAACCAUCAACAUCAGCGCAGAUGGAAGAAUUCUGAUGGAUGAAUCGGGGAUCCCCAUAAACAUGAGAAACAUCGUGGCGUCAAAUGGGAUCAUUCAUACCUUGGAUGGCAUCUUCAUCCCUCCUUCAAUUGUGCCCAUUUUGCCUCACAGAUGCAAUGAAGUACAGCAUAAAAUUGUGAGAGGCUCUUGUGUGGAUUGUGAGGCCCUUAACAACAGUGUUUGCCCACCUGGCAGCAGAGAAAUGGAAGCAACACUCUCCCCCAAGGAAUGUGUCUAUGUCCACGAUCCACAAGGCCUGAAUGUCCUGAAGAGGGGCUGCGCCAGGUACUGCAAUCAGACUGUCACGAAACUUGGAUGCUGCAAAGGAUUCUUUGGUCCAGACUGCAUGCCCUGCCCAGGGGGAUUUACCAGCCCUUGCUAUGGACGGGGAAAUUGCAGUGAUGGCAUACAAGGGAAUGGCAACUGCCAGUGCUUCAGUGGCUUCAAAGGAAUAGCCUGCCACAUCUGUUCAAACCCCAACAAGCAUGGCGAGAACUGCAAUGAAGAUUGUGGCUGUGUCCAUGGUGUCUGUGACAACAGGCCCGGCAGUGGGGGUGUAUGUCAGUCCUGGUCCUGUAAGGAGGGCUAUACAGGGAAAUUCUGUGACAAGACAUCUAAGAACUGCGGCCCAAGCGGGCUGUCCCAGUACUGCCACCAGAACGCUGUCUGCAGCCUCAAUGACACAGCAAGAUGCAUCUGCAUGGAUGGAUAUGAAGGGGAUGGGUUUUCCUGCCAGCCCAUUGACCUGUGCAGUCAACCGGAGCGAGGAGGCUGCUCACAGAACGCUCUGUGCACCAGUACAGGCCCCGGCACCGCCACCUGCCAGUGCAACAAGGGCUGGACCGGGGACGGGAAGGCCUGCGUGGCUAUAGACAACUGCAUGCUGGAGAGCAGAGGCAACUGUCACAUCAACGCCGACUGUGUCAAUAUUGGCCCUGGCCAGAGCAAGUGUGUGUGCAAGAGGGGCUAUGCUGGUGAUGGCUACAACUGCGACGCGAUCAACCCCUGCCUCCUGGACAACGGCGGCUGCCAUGACUUGGCUGUGUGCGAACCCCUUGGAGGAGGGGAGAGGUCCUGCGUUUGCCCUCCGGGCUACCUGGGGGAUGGCAUGACGUGCUAUGGGGACAUUCUCAAAGAGCUGGCCAGGAGUUCCAGCUUCGCGGGCUUCUAUGACUGGAUUAAGAAAUCUCUCUUCAGCAUCCCAGCAGGAACCAAUGUCACUGUCCUGGUGCCGUCAGAAGCAGCUAUCAAAAACUUGAGCAAGACUGAGAAAGACACCUGGUUGACCCCUUAUAUGCUCUCCUUUUUAGUCAGGGCCCACUUUCUUGAAGGUGUCUUCACUGGUGAAGAGCUCAGAAAGUGCAAGAGACCAGAAUUACCAACCCUCAGCCCACAGAUCAGAUGGCAGAUAAACAACAAGAGUGAUGCAUUUACCAUUCAGAAUGCAAGUAUAGUGGUCAGCGACAUCCCUGCCAGCAAUGGCAUUAUUCACAUCCUCAGUAAGGUUUUGCUGCCUCCUCUAGGAGAUAUCCCACCGAGUCCCCCAGAUCUGCAGAAGCAGCUUGACACGGUCACCUCGUUCAGCACAUUCAAAGAGUUGUUGCAGGAAUAUGAGCUCAUUGGAAAAAUUGAAUCUGCUGAAAAAUACACAGUAUUUGUUCCUGGAAAUAAUUCCAUUAAGGAGUACUGCCAUGCUGCCAAUGUGACACAGUUGGACAUCGAGACAGUGCAGUACCAUGUUGUACUGGGAGAGAAGCUCUUCCCUAUGGAUUUGAGAAGUGGAAUCCAUAAGAACACCAUGUUAGGGUUCUCCUACUGGCUAAUGUUUUACCAAAACAGCACCCAGAAGUUCGUCAAUAAUAUUCCUUUGGAUGGAAAAUUUUUUGAGACGAAGAAUGGCAUGUUAAUUGGGGUUUCACAGGUCCUCCAGAUACAGAAGAAUCGUUGCACUGCCAAUACCACCACCAUACAAAAGUCAAGAUGUAACAAGUGCGAGAAGGGGAUCAAGUGUCCUUCUGGAUCAGUCCUUGUGGAAUUUCCAGGAAGCAAGAACCUGCCUCGCUGUGAACUACGCUCCGGGCUUACAACAACACUUGGCUGCUACUUCACCUGUGCAAAAGUUUCUCUGAGGUCUGUCUGCUGUCCGGGCUACUAUGGACAUAUGUGCGAGAUGUGCCCAGGGAAGCCAGGCCAGUGGUGCUCCGGGAACGGGGAAUGCCAGGACGGCAUCGAGGGCAGCGGAGAGUGCCGGUGCCUGGAGGGUUUCCACGGUACUGCCUGCGAAAUGUGUGAAGUGGGACGAUACGGAGCGGACUGCAAAGCAGAAUGUGCCUGUGACAAUGGUAUAUGCAACGACGGCCUGCAAGGGGAUGGGAGCUGCGAGUGUUUCCCAGGCUGGACGGGCCCUACCUGCCGAGAACUAAUUGAGAUUGACUUAUGCAAUAACACUUGUCAUCAGAUGGCCAACUGCCUGAAUGGCUCAGCAGACUCCCCACCGACUUGCUCCUGCUCUGCUGGAUACACGGGCAAUGGGACCCAUUGCACAGAAAUAGAUCCGUGCACUAUUGAUCAUGGUGGCUGCUCCAUACAUGCUGUGUGUACUAAAGUGUCCCCAGGAGAGCGAACCUGUGUUUGUAAGGAAGGCUACGCUGGAGAUGGGACACUCUGCAUGGAGAUUGAUCCCUGUCUCGAAAGCAACGGGGGGUGUCACACCAACGCCGAGUGCAUUAAAACAGGCCUGAAGAAGGUUGCCUGCAACUGUCUUCCUGGUUACAGUGGGGACGGGGUGAGCCAGUGCAACCCCAUCAACUUGUGUGAACAGAACAACGGGGGCUGCAGUCCCUUCGGGCUCUGCAAGUACACAGGACCUGGCACUCGGAAUUGCUCCUGCCCUUGGCACAGCGUCGGAGACGGCUUCACCUGCCGCGGCAAAGUGUACCAGGAGCUCGCAAGGAUUGAAGGCUCCUCCACGUUCUUUAAGAUGAUACUGGAGGAAAAGAUGAAGGAGCUCAGUGGGGCAGGGCCUUUCACUGUCUUUGUCCCAAGGAUGGAUCUCAUAGGAAACACCACAGCAUUCAAGGAGUGGAAGAGCAGAGGCCUCCUCAAGGAGCUGCUUCGCUACCACAUGGUGGGUUGCCAGAAAUUGAUGUCCAGCGAUCUGGAAACCCAGGAGUCCCUUACAUCUUUAUCAGGCCAUAAAAUAAGGAUUACGUCAAAAGAGAAUAGCAUCCAUCUCAAUGAGGAAGCUACACUUGUUUCUGGUGACAUCGUUGGCGUGAAUGGGGUGAUUCACUUCAUCAACAAGAUCCUCAUCCCAAGCGACCUGGUGGAACAUAACGUUUCCUCAAAGAUUUCACAACAAAAUAUCAUGGAGGUGGCAGAGGCCUUUGGGUACACCAUUUACAGCAAGCUGCUAAAGGAUGCGGAGCUGCUGCCCCUGAUUAAUGACUCGCUGCAUAGACCCUUCACCAUGCUGUGGCCCACAGACGCUGCUUUUAACGCCCUCCCAGAGCAAAGGCAGCGGUGGCUCUACCGCAGAGAGCAUCGGGAUGUGCUGGCCUCCUACCUCAAAGCGCACAUGAUCAGGAACACAAAGAUUGUUGCUGGUAACGUGCCCCAGGUCGGCUCUGUACGGACCAUGCACGGCUCUGCUGUCUCAUUCAGCUGCAGUGAAACCCAGAUUGGGGAGCUUCUGGUGGGGAAUGGCGAUGCCAUCAUCAUCCAGAGGCACAUGGAGUUCGAUGGGGGCAUUGCUUAUGGCAUCAAUAGGCUGUUGGAACCACCAGAUCUGGGGUCUCGGUGUGAUCAGCUCAUCUCUAUCAAGCUGCAUGAAUCUCCAAGGAGCUGUGGAAUCUGCGGCUUCGAGCCACCCUGCCCUGCUGGUUCAGUUCAACAGGGGGAAACCAAGAGCUGCCUCUAUAAUGGAAACCAGCUCAGAAACACUUUUCUGCUUCAACUCAACUCUCUGGUGCGGCCGUCCUGGCAGCACUCCCCGUGGGAGCCCUUCAGAAGGCCCUUCUUUUCCAGGGAGCCUCUGAGACGAGGCUGCAGGAAGAGCUGUGUAGCCAUGCAGUGGGUCCCUCAGUGCUGUGCGAACCACUAUGGCCCUGACUGUCGGGCGUGCCCAGGAGGGCUGGAGGCACCAUGCAACAACCGUGGCACCUGCGAUGACAAAAUUCGUGGCUCGGGAAGAUGCAACUGCAGCCAGGCUUUCAUUGGGACCAGCUGCGAGCUGUGCGCUCCGGGCAGAUAUGGGCCAGACUGCAGAGAAUGUAACUGCACUGAAAACGGCGUGUGCAAUGGAGGCCUCCAUGGGGACGGCUUCUGCUUCUGCGCCGAGGGCUGGACUGGAGAGCGCUGCGAAAUCAGGCUAGUCACAGCGCCCGUCUGCUCGCCACCGUGCCAUCGCCAGGCCACCUGCCGCGCCGGCAACCUGUGUGAAUGCAACCCACACUACGAGGGCGAUGGGAGAACGUGCUCAGUGAUCGACAUGUGCAGCACUGACAAUGGCGGCUGUGCCGCGCACGCGCGCUGCACACAGGUCGGCGUUAACGUGUCCUGUGCCUGUGCGCCUGGCUACCAAGGCGACGGCUACGUCUGCGAGCCCAUAGACAGGUGCACGGAUGGCAGGAACGGGGACUGCAGCGAGCACGCCACAUGCAUCAGCACCGGGCCAAAUGAGCGGCGCUGUGAGUGCAAACAGGGCUAUGUCGGCGACGGGAUCCAGUGCUUGGAAGAGGCUGUGCCCCCCACGGACCGGUGCCUGGAAGAGAACGGGCAAUGCCAUCGGGAGGCCAUUUGCACUGACCUGCACUUCCACGAUAAAACUGUGGGCGUAUUUCACCUGCAGUCAGCCUGGAAAAAGUACGCCUUCACUUACGAGCAGGCGCAGAAGGCCUGCGCGGCGGAGGGGGCUUCCCUGGCCACUUUCCAGCAGCUCUCGGCAGCACAGCAGAUGGGUUUCCAUCUGUGCUUGGUGGGGUGGCUGGACAACGGCACAGCUGGAUACCCUACAGCCUACCCCAACCCCAGCUGUGGAGCCAAUCGAGUGGGAAUUGUGGACUACGGCUCCCGGAGCAACCUGAGCGAGACCUGGGAUGCAUUCUGCUACCGGGAGAAAGAUGUGGUUUGCAGCUGCCGUGACGGGUUCGUGGGAGAUGGGUACUGGUGCCGCGGCAGGCUCAUGGAUGUGCUCGCAGAGCACGAGCGCUUCUCCACCUUCUAUUCCAUGCUGCUUGAUUUUGCCAAUGACACAGAACAAGGACUGGACUUUUUCAUGUAUUUGUCUGAUGACUCUGCGCCCAAAACUCUCUUUGUCCCUUUGAAUUCCGGCUUCGCAGACAACGAGACACUGACAGGAGAAGAACUGAAGCUCCAUGUCUCAUCCAGCAACAUCAUGCUGUUCAGCUUCAACCUUACAACAGGCACCACCAUCCCUUCCCAGUCAGGAUACAGCCUCCACAUCUCAGACCUCCACAGGGAGAAUAACACAGAACACACAGAAAGCAAGGGGAUCAACGACACGCUGAUUGUGGAGUGGGACAUCAUAGCGUUCAACGGUAUCAUUCAUGCAAUUGCAGAACCACUGAGGAUCCCAGCGCCCGUGGUGCAUCUGGGGCAGGUGAACAGCGUGGCGCAGUCCUCGAGCUCCGUGGCCGCUGGCACGCUCUCCGCACUGAGCUUUGCGCUGGCCCUGGCUGCGGGCGCUGGCGUCGCCUAUUACUGCAUCAGAAGGCGGCGCCACGAUGAGCAGUUUGGGUAUUUCCAGGUGGACUGGCCCCACCCCCUGGUCAUCCAGCCAAUCCCAUGCCUUCUUUGCAGGCCGACCUUCGUGAGGAAGAGGAGCCGCAGCAGGAGAGGGGGCGGCACCCCACCAGGCCCCGCCCCUCACGGCCACUGGUUGCCAUCCCCAACCCGCUCCGCGUGCCCCGAGCCCCACGCGCUCACCAUGCUCAUGCACGUGAGCCCCAUGCCCGCGCAUACCCCGCUCGUGCAUCCGGACUCGCUCCUCACGGACGACCCGAGCGACGGCUUCCCGCACUGCGGCGGCCCCUGCCCGCACUGA